AUGGAUUAUAGCUUCGAUAAUCAAGUCUUAGAACUAUCAGAUUUCACAAAAUUAUUUGGCCAUACCCCAGGCGCAGUAUCAUUAUCCUUAAAAAUUGCUUUAGUCGGAUACCCAGCAACCGGAAAGACCACAUUUUUACGCAAAUUCACAGAUCAAGUAACUCCACCCACACAUAUCCCUUCCUCAACCUUAGAUCUUGCUUCAGAAGUAAUUAGAAUGCCAAAUGGGCUAGUUGUUGAAGUUUUCCUUUAUGAUGUUCCAGGACAAACUCAGUAUAUUGAGCUACCCAAAUUAUUCGCUAAUAGAUGCCAUGGAGUUAUUUAUUUUUUUGCGCAUCAUUAUGCAUAUAGCUUUAAUCGGCUUGAGUAUUUAUUGAAAUUUACUGAAAAAUAUUUUCUUGGAAAUUGCUAUAAAUUGAUUGUUGGGAACCAAUUUUCUAAUAGAGAAAAUGAAAUUCAACCGUAUGAAGCUUAUGAGUUUGCAGGACAAAAAGGGCUGGAUUAUAUAAAAAUUGAUCUAGUCAAUGACAGUAAAGUUGUAGAUCAAUGCAUCGCUUAUUUUAUCUCAAAGUUUAUCAAGGAAGAAAGCUAA